GGAGGGGGCGGUGACAUUCCAAAUGUCAAGUGAAAAAUUCUAGUGCUGCUGUGGAGUUUUGGAAAGUGCGAGGAAAAAUGGAAAAUUAGUGAGUGUAGAGGAAAUUUUGGUGUGAUAAUGGUGUCUAUAAUUAAGAAUCAACUCCUCAAGCACCUAUCCCGAUACACAAAAAAUUUGUCAUCGGAUAAAAUAAAUUUGAGCACAUUUCGCGGUGAGGGUGAGUUGUCGAAUUUGCAGUUGGACGAGAAUGUUCUGACGGAAUUGCUGGAAUUGCCAUCGUGGUUGCGACUGACAUCAGCUUGGUGCAAUCAUGUGGCUUUCCGGAUACACUGGACCAAGUUGAAAAGUGUCCCAAUAACUUUGACUCUCGAUGAGGUGAAAAUUUCUGUGGAGACAUGUGAGUUUGGGCGGAGUGGAGGAGGUCCUCCGACACCUGGAUUGCAAGCUUUAACAGCACCUCAAGGAAAAUAUAGCUUUAUCCACAAAGUCAUCGAUGGCAUUACAAUCAUCGUAAACACAGUAAAUGUGAAUUUCAUGAGUCCAGCAUUCACGGCAUCCGUGCAGAUGUCCAGGAUUCGGGUGGAGUCGAAGACACCAAAAUGGUUGUUGGGGGAUUUGAGGGUGACGCGUCUGAAGGAUCCGACGAAGGGAUUAUUGCUCAUUUUCAAAGAAUUAUCCUGGCAAACGGUCAGGAUUGAGGCUAGUUCGACGCAGGAUGAGAGUUUGACGCCCCUGAGACUUCUGACCAAUCAGGCUAGCUGCAGGAUUACGAUAAAGAAGCGAUUGAAUGAUUGCAAUGUUCUCAAUUGUCGUCUUGUUCUGAUUCUCGAUGAUUUACUCUGGGUUCUCACAGAUUCUCAGCUAAAAGCUGCCCUUCACUUUGUUGAUUCCCUGUCGGGCCUGAUAAAGACCUCCACGAAUGCCAAUCAGAAAACCAAGGCUCAGAAGAAGCUGGAAAUGCUUCCUGAGUAUCAGGCACAGAUUGCACAGCAAUCCAGGAAUACUGUAGUGCCACCUGGAAGUCAAUCAGCUGCCCAGAAAUCCUUCAAUCUCUUCGAUGUCAGGGAGACAUCGUAUCACUUCUUCAGCCAGAGAAUUGAUCUGCAUCUGUGUGAUGAUCCAGGUGAUGGAAGAUCUUGUCAUCCGGACCUGAGUGAUGGUGGAGCUCUGCAGAUUUCCGUACAGGGCUUCCAGAUUGACUACUAUCCCUAUCAUCUGGCUAAGGCUAGUCGCAUCCAUUGGCCAAAGUACAAAGAGGCUUCCACACCAACAGCUCUGUGGCUUGAACAGUCAAUCAAUCAAUUCCGGGAAUCUCUCCUGGAUCUGUAUCAGCCCAAUAGACCAUCGAGUCAUGCUCCUCUCGAGAGGACAUCAAACACUCCGGGCAGUCGGGAAAGUGUCUCCAUUCAGGAGUCUCCCAUUAAGAAGCAAGUUCUGGACAAUUUGUCCAAAUUGAUGAGUGCUUGUGUUAUCCUUCGAAUUGAGGAUUUUACACUGUAUCGCGUGACAACGUCGGGAAAGAAGCAAAUGCCAAAGGAAUUUGUCUCAGGUGACAAAGAUCGUUAUUCCUUCCCAACGGAAUUGUCAGCAGUUCAUGCAGAAUUCACGUAUUUCUACUAUCCAGGGGAUUUUGUGUUUCCAUUGCCUCCGUCCAAGAUUUUCGUUCACGUAAAUCCAGUACAAAUCCACUUUGAUGUGGACAGUUUGCUGUGGUUGAGUUCCUUUGGGCUCAAUCUGCACAAUAGCCUCAUGAGGACGUCCGUGGUGGACUCAAUGAGCCCCACGGGGGCCAAUGAGCCCAGUCUGAUGUAUAUGGAUGUGAAGGUAGAGGCUAUUCUGCCCAGAAUUGUCUUUGAGUCCAGUAUCGAUGCCCCGAGUCAGAGGGAUCGUCCAAAGAUAAUGCAAAUUCAAAUAUCUCGAGCCUCAGUCACGAAUAUCCGGGAAAUGGGAACAUCCAGGGCAGAUUUGGCUCAAGCUCUGCAUUCCCUGCAAGAGGGAAGUUUGGUAUUUAGUUCGGGAUUCCCGUCCAAGGAGGGGGAUUUGUGUAUUGUGACAGAUAGGAUAUUGUCUCAUGUGGCAGCUAGUGAUGUCACUCCCAGUGGAGCUUCCCAGGCUGGAUCGCCACAGUCCAGUGCCUCGGGGAGUAUAAUGUCCAGGCAUGCUCUGUGGACGGAACCCAGGGAUAUUUGGUGCAUUAAAUUGGAUCCGAUUUGGAUAGAAUUCUUCGGGGCGAGGUCAGUUGGAGUCAAUAAGUCCAUUCCCUUUCUCGAUGCUGUUCCUGUGACACUGUGGCUUCAUGGGAAGUCAGAAAUUGAUGCCAAAAUGUUGCCCUUUGAGGCAGACACUAAUUCCCGGAAUAGCCGGAAAGUGUCGAAAGAUCCUGGACUGCAGUCUGUAAGUGAUUUGAGGCAGGCUUCAGUGGAUGGUGCUCAGUACUUAAUGCCCAAUCUUCAGGAGGAUUUCUACUCGUAUCAGCAAUAUCCUGGGAAUCCCUUUCAUACUCAGCAAUCCUUCGACAGCACCUACAGCUCAACCCUCCGUUCCCAGAAUGCUGAUUCGUCCAGCGACGAGAAAUCCGCAGAUCUCCAUGUCAUUGUCCAUGUGUCGAAUCUUGUCAGUCUCCAAAUUGAUCACUAUCAGUUCCUUUUCCUUCUGCGGCUGGCCGAGGAUCUCACGGAACUCUCAACUUUUCUCUCCCUGGACACAAAGAGGAUCAUGGCGGAGAAGGCAACGACAAAUUCGAUAAUUGUAGGAUGUGUCGUGCCUCAGGUGGAAGUGACUCUGGUGAUGCCAUCGCAGACGCCAGGGAAGGAAUCCAGUGGCGGAGAUGGGGAGAGUGUUGUUCCCGACUCAGCUAGUUUGGGCACAAAUACAGCCUGGCCAUCGCUAGACCACACGAAGAGCAUGAAUCCCUUCAGUAGCGUGGAGUCACCGUCGCCAACGGGAGAUGGACCUCAGGUACUCGAUGGGCUUCAUCAUUCCAAUCCCAACACUCAUGGUAGAUACAACGUGCAGAUUCAGAGUCAACCAACAUCUAGUCAAACCAUUCCUCCUUCGCCUAGUACCAAGACUGAAUUGCUGAGCUCCAUGAAGGGUCGGAGGGAUCGCAAUUCAGUCAGUGAUACGAGUUUCACGAAAGAAAUCAACACGGGAAUCCUUUCGAUCAAGAAGGGCUUCUCCAACAUGAUGACAUCCAUUGAUUCUGCCCUCAAAGUUGGUCAGGACGAUGCUAGUGACACUUUCUCCAUUCACAGUGACUUGAGUUCGGAUUCGGAGAAUUAUAUCAUGGUUGAGGGAACGGCUGAUUGCAUGGAUGUGAUGUUUAGAUUAAAUCCUUUCUCAACAGAUAGCAAUUUGAAGGCAUCUCCGGUUGAGAUGGCAAGUGAAGUGUGUGAGGAGCAAUCGGGAGCAUAUAAGACAAAUAUUUCCUCCCCAUCUGAGCCAUCUGAAGCGAGUAUUUGGCGUCGAAGAGAUCUCGUUUCAAUGGCAACUUUUAGGUUAACAACCGUGGAAAUUAUCAGACAGAAUCAGGGUUCAAAUUCAUCGGUUCGUCUUCAAGUGGCUGCGGUUUCGUGUGAUGAAUGCGGAGCUAUUCCCUGGGAUGAAUUGCAGACAAAAUUCGGUGCGAGAUGUCGAGCAUGGAAUAUGGCUCCGUACAAUCCCGAAUCACCGCCAAGUAUUCAGGUUCGUCUGGAGGAGGAACUGAAUGCUCCAGAGGACAUUGAGAGUGGAAUCAAAGACAAAAAGAAUGUUUUAAGUUGGUUCACCCACAAAGUUGAUGUUUUGGUGAAGGAUCUGACGAUGCAAUUGUCCAUGAGCACGGUUAUUGGUCUCAAUGAUCUCUGCGAAGAUGAAGUUAUUCCAAGGCCACUUCCAAUGGACAUUGUCGUUGAGAAUGUUCGGCUGAAUUUGAUUGAAGAUCGCCCACCUGUUAACAUUACCUCACCGGGUCCUAUUCCAAUAAAUCUGGCCAUUGGCAAGAUGAAGAUUGAGCGAGAUAAGUCCGGAAUCUUCUAUAUUCAGCCAGAUUCAAAUUAUGCCAAUCGAGAUCAGAAUGCUCCUCAGAGUAGUCGAAAGGAGAGAGAUCGUGAAGUGAUAUCGCUGCAAUUGAUUCUCCAGCAACUCAAGAUGGACAAUGAGAAUCUCAAGAAGCAGCUGAAUUCGGCAGAGAAGACUUCAGAGUCCAAUCAGUUGAGGGCAAAGCAGGAGAAUGAGGUGCUCAAGACUUACUUGAAAGCCGCUCAGGAUGACAUAACGUCGUUGUUGGAUGAGAAACGAACCCUCCUAGAUACCGUUCGAUCUCUUCAGCAACAACUGACGCAAGCUGAAACAAAUAAGAAUGUAGGAAAUAGAUAGCACAACUGUAUGGACUGUAUACAAUGCUGUGGUGAAAACAACAAUUCGUAGAUGACUUAUUCGUUUUUUUUUUUUGGAAAAUUCUAAUACCCAGACAUGAUGCAGGUAAAUGUUAGAAAACUUCCUUCAUGGUAUUGUCGCAAUUUCACCAUCAAAUUUCCUUUUCCUUUUGGGGUGGAAAAAAUGAGUUUUCAACAUUAAUUUCUUGCAAAUCACGUGCGUUUCUCACGGCAAUUAGCACCAAGCCAGGAGGAGCUUUUGUGUUGAAAUUCCUGCACAAUUUUGCCCAUCUGCAGUGGGAAAAUGUGAAAGAAAAUGUGCAUUUGACGCAUUAUGAGGCGUCUAUAAUGAGUGCAAUAGAAACUUUUGUCUCCUUUUCAUUUUAAAUAUAUUUUAUUUUGCCUAGAACUUUUCAUGCUCUGCUGAGCAAUUUUAUUUUUUAUCAAGGAAAAUGGAAAUUUUACGCGAUGAAUAAAUUUUGGGGAGUAAAACCAGUUCAAAAGGAUAUUAAUUCAAUGUGAAAGCGAAGGUUAAAUGGGAGCAAAGAUGUUAAAGGGUGAAAAGGCAAAGAGUUAAGCAACGUAUUCACUUAAUUCCGUGAUCAAUUAAUUGAAAUUCAAAUAUCUCAAUUAAUAUUGACUUUUUGAUGUUACUAUUUCAUAGAAAAAAAGAAAGAAAGAAUUAUUUUAUUGUGCAUAAUAUUACUGAAAUAUAUAGCAAUUAUACUUUGCCCUCUAACAAUGAAAACAAAACUGAAAUUAGUGAAAGAGAAUAAAAGAGUAUUUCUCUGCAUAUUGUGCUUAAGAAAAGUGGGAUAAAAAAAAUCGUGUUUAUGUGUUUUUUAGCUAGACAGAGAGAAAUAUUAUAGAAAAAAAGGAAUUCUUAGUACUACAAAGAAAAAAACAAAGAAAUAAAAAAUAUGUAAUUGUUGACUGUUUAAGAGACAUUUUCAGCUGAUAAAUUAUUUAAGGAAAAAAAAGAAGCAAAGGACUUAAAAUUGAAAUGAAACUAUUUAAAAAAAAGUGUUCAUCGUUUUAACCAAGAAAAAAAACCCAGAAUAUUGAUAAAUAGAAAAAAAAAACAUUUCAAUUUUGAAUUGAUACUUGCGCGAGGAAUUUCACUCUAAUGAAUUCUAACAAUUUUCACCAUGCAUAUCAUUGAGAAUUUACUUUUUUUCUCGCCAUUUUUUCAUUCUUAAGAUUUUUGCUGUGCAAAGAAUGAAGAAGAAAGAAGUGUUAUUUACUCUAAAUGUGAUGCUGUUGAAUAUUUAAAUAACUUUAUUGAAUUAUUCUUUUCUUGCUACGAUAGUUUUUCCUUGCACUUUUAGACAGAAAAAGUCCUUCCAGGGGUGGAUUUUUGUAAAUUCGUCGAUGGAAUAUUUAACAAAUGAUAAAGAGAGGUUAGGAAUUUCUUAGGGUACAGUUCCUGAGAAAAUAUAAUUAAAUUUGAAAAGUGAUAUAUUUCAUUUGAUAGUAUUUUUUUUAUUUGAGUCCUUAAGUCUAUUUUUUGAGGUUAUGUGCGCUUGAAAUUUUGAAAUAGUUGAUACCCCCUCAGAUCAAUUAAGAGAGCUGUGGCUCAGUAAGCGAGAGUCCCUAGUUCAGGACUGGAAUGGCCCAGGACCAGGGCCUUUUUGAUUGCCUACCAAUUAACCUGAAAUUAAUUGUUUGAGGUUAUGUAUGAGGCAUAUUUUACUAAUAGUUAAGAGGUUAUGAAUUUCUUAAAUGCAUUUCCGGAGAAUUUAUAAUUCAAUUUGAAAAGUAAUAUUUCAUAUGAAAUUAACCUAUAAGCUGAAAAGACCUACACUUCAUUUAAGGUUAUGAAUUUUAACCUUAAACAUAUUUUUAAAGGUUAUGGAGCUUUAAAUAUUUGGCGUAAUUCGUGCCUCAGUGGCCCAAUUGAGAGAACACUUUAAUCUUAAAUGGAUCCAGGAAAUUCGGGAUUUCUUACAAACUAACCUGCAAUUAAUUUCUUGAGGUUAUGUCUGUGGAAUAUUUUACAAAUAAUAUGAGAGGUUAAAACUUUCUUAAGAUGAAUUUCCUGAGAUAGUUCAAUAUAAUUUGAAAAGUCAUUUCAUUUUUAAUUAAUUUAUAGUAUGAAAAGGCCUUUACUUCUUUUGAGGUUAUGAAUAUUGACCUUCAGAGUAUUUUUGAGGUAAUGUAACUUUAAAUAUUUAGAAUUAUUUUUGGCCCCAGCUCAAUAAACACUGGCUCAGAUAGCGAGAGUUCGUCACUUUAACCCUAAAUGGGACCAGGAAUUUUUGGAUUGCCUAACACGUGACCUUCAGUUAAUUUCUUGAGGUUAUGUAUGUGGAAUAUUUUACAAAUAGUAAAGAGAGGUUAAAACUUUCUUAGGAUGAACAUCCUGAGAAAGUGUAAUUUAAUUUGAAAAGUCAUAUUUCAUUAAAAAUGAACUCAUAGCAUGAAAAGAUAUUUCCUUCUUUUAAGGGUUAUAAAUAUUAAUCUUAAAUCUAAUUUCGAGGUUAUGUUGUUGUGACUCAUUUCUGCAUCACAACCAUUGUCCCGUAUUUACGCGAGAUCAUGCACGCUCGUUCAAGAAGAGACAUGAUAGAUCAUGUUCAGUAUCAUGAGAAAGUUCUCUGGGAAAUUGGUCCUCAAGGAAUUUGUAGCCCAGAGAUAAAAUAACCCCCUUGAAUUCAUUAGUACCCCUUCAGGGUAAUAAACACAUCACGCUCAUUAGAGAAAAGGCAGGUGAUCUCAAAAAGGUCAUAAAAUCACGAUGGGCAAGAUAUGAGGACCAAGAAGAAAAAAAGGGGUGCAUUUGUUGGCUUAUUAGGCAGACAAAGGCACCCUCUAUUCCUGAAGAGCUCGUAAAAUAGAUGAUCUAUGGUGACAAGUUCUUAAGAUUACUUUCUCUUCGAGACGGUCGUUAAAUUAGAGCUCGCGCCAAGAAGAGCAAUAAAAUCCUGAAAAAGAAAUAGAGAUCGACAACGUGUGAGGUCCUUGGUCAUCCUAAUUAAGCAACCUCUUUCUUAAGGAUAUAUAAGGUAUGGGAAAAAACUCUAGAGAUAAUGAAGGUGGAAAGUUGGACAUGCACCGAGCGAUCGUCUCCAGACGAUCGCUAUCUAAAGGGUUGUCCUGAAUCACUAAUUGGACACCUUCUCACGGGAAAUAAUGUCGAGAAAAUAGGGGGUGAGUGGAGAAUUUUGAUAUAAAAAGGGUAGUUGAAUCUAAGGAAGGGGUCAGUCACUGUGUAAACGUGGCCUAUGUCAUUGGGCAGUGUAUUCUUCCUUAAAUAAAACAGCUCUAAAAAAAGUGAGUUGUGUUUCACUACUGGAUCCGGAGACAACAAGGUGAACCCCCCUCCAGUUGGUUUACCACAAUGUAACUUUAAAUAUUUGGAAUGAUUGUUGGCCAAAUAACUCAGUAAGCUGUUGCUCAGAAAGCGAGGGUCCCCAGUUUAGCCCAAAAUGGGGCUAGGAAUUUUUGUAUUGUGUACCAAGUAAUCUUCAAUUUAAUUUGAAAUUAACUUUUAGGUGGAAUAGAUCUUUAUUUUAUUUAAGGUUAUGAAUAUAAACCUUAAAUCUAUUUUUGAGGUUAUGUACUUUAAAAUAUUUGGAGUGAUUGGUGCCUCCAUAGAUCAAUAAGCACUGGCUCUGCUACCGAGGAUCUCCAGCUUAACCAUAAAUGGGCCAAGGAAUUUUUGUAUUGCGUACAAAUUAACCUUCAAUAUUUAUUUCUUGAGGUUAUGUACAUAAUGUAGUUUUGGAUAUUCUGCAUUGCAAUUAACUUGAUAUUAAUUCUAAGUAACAAAAAGAAGCAAUAAUGGCAAUUAUUUAUGUUCUUUUCUUUAGAAAUUGUCACUCGAAGAUGUUUUGCCUUUAAAAGAUGUUUUAACCUUCAGUAUUUCUUGUAAUGUUUCAGAUGUUAGGAUUCUGGAAAAUAAAAAGCAGCACUUCGUUUCAAAUCUGAAAUUUAACUUGUCAAGUAGUGAACAUUGCAAUAUUUUCUCUAUCUUUGCAAUAAUGCAAAGUGGAUCUCAUAACCUCAAUUUUCAAAACUACAUGAGAUUUUCGAAGUUUGCAUAACCUCGUAUCGCAUAGUAAAGUGAGCUUUAAACUUAUCUAGAAAUAUUAAUUUCUGCUAGUGAUAAUUUGCACUAAGAUUUUCGAGAUAACGCAAAAGUCUAAUACAUUAUUAAGAUUGCUUAAUUCUCUUCAUUCUCCUAUUUGGCCAAAUAAUAGGUUAGUUCAGAAAGAUUUAGAUUAUGUCAAAACUAAGCCUUACGGAAACAAUAUUAUGCCAAAUAUCUGGAUCUUCUUUUUUGAAAAAUUAUCACAUCAUUAAUCACAUCUAACUGAUUUGAACAUUUUUUGUAAUUUAAGUAAUUGAAAUUCUAACCUCAAACAAUGUUCUGAGCAAUUAAAAAGCUUCUGGAUCGUGUAUUGUUUUGGUUAAUUCCAUUAAAAAAGAGUUUUUUGUGUUGAUGGUAAAAUUUAAAAUUGCGUGUACUCUUUGUCCGGAUGACAUAAAAUAUUUCUGGUGACAGUUCAAUUUUCAAAAUUUUCUUGGCAUAUUGUUUAUCGCUUGGAUAUUUUUUUGGACAUCUUAAAAUUUGAGGUUAUAUUUGAAAAAAAGUGAGGUUGUGAAAUAAAUCCCUCAGUUUAGUAAUUUUAAUGUGAUUCUAUCACGUGAAGUGACAGGAUUUUCUUUUUAAAGUAGUCUAAGAAGUUGAAAUUGAAUUGAUUCGAAACAUUUAGGUUAAAGAAUUAAAACCUUUAAUUCAUAAACUUUUCCAUUCAUCUUUAUCUUUUUUGUGUUUACUGAUUUAAAUUGUAUCCGGAUAGAAUAUCUAAUGGAAUUUGCAAUACAACAUGAAUUCUAUAUCUUUUUAAAGUUAAUGAUAAACAUAACCUCAAAUAUCAAACUAACCUCUUGAAGAAAGAAAACAAUGAGGUUUAUUAGCAAAAUAAUUUCUUUAGAAUUCAAAUUGCAGAGUGUAUUUUAAAAUAGGGUUUUUCAAUACUUUUUUUAGGUUAUAGUCAACAUAACCUCACAUUUUUAACAAUUUGGUUAGGAAAAGUAAUGAAGCUUGCAGUAUAUUUAUAUUGAUUCUUCUAAUCACACUGAUCCUUCAAGUACAUGAAAAUAAGAAACUUUAAAUUUCUCAAUCGUAUAAAAAGAUAUUCCGCAAGACGAUUUUAGAAAAAUCCACCCCAAAAUUUUAUGAGUAAUUUGUGAGAUGAUAAAAUGCAAAUAAUUGAGUGAAUGAGAUAUUAAGGGUAUAAAUUCCAAAGAUGUGCCACUUUUAAUUUGCAAAACUGCUAUAAUAAAAUUGAUGAAGAAAAAUGCAAAGAGAAAUUGGAAAUUCCUUGAAAGCGAAUGUGAUUGUAAAUUCAAUAAUUUUUUUAUAGAAAAUUUUAAUUUUAAAGCAAUCGUUUUAAUUGGUUUUUUAUAGGAUUUUUUUUGUACAGAUUUUUGUUAGAAUGCGUUUUAUUUUUUUUUUUUUAAGAGACGUCUGAAGGAGAAAUUUUAUGACUUAUCAAUCAAAAGAUAUAAAUAAUUUUCUGUUGCAUUUACUCGCAGAAUAUUGUGUAUUUUUUUUGUUAUGUGAAAGGUAUAGCAAAAAAAGAAAAAUAAACGAAUUGUGGAGAAAUGAAUGAGAAAUAGUAAUAAAGUAAAUUGCAACACAAAGGAUAUAAAUAAAUCAUGUAAAUGGGAUAUAAAAUAAAUUUGAAUUUUCUGAAA